AUGAUGGGUCUAAACAACUUCGGAACAACGAUCACGAUACUAACGGCCGUUACUCUAACCGCCCUCGCCGUCGAGAUCCUCUACGUCUUAUACAAACGCCGUCUAAAACUCCGUCCUCGCAUCCGCGCAGAGCCACAAGAACAACCAUCUCUUCCACCGUCUUCACCCGAUCAACGGGAGCGUGAGCUAGAGGAAGAGCUUGAGCAGCACAUUGCGAAGUGGCAGUGUAUAAACGGUGAAUCCAGAGUUCUUUUCACGAUCAAGGAGGAGGAUAGAGAAGGAGUUGAUUCGGAGAGUGGCUCUUUGACGGAAUGUAGUGUUGUUACGGUGAAGAGAGCGGUGGCGGUGGCGGUGGCGGUGGAGAACACGCGUUUGAGUGAGAGUGGAAAUGUGGUUGUGGAAGAUGAUGAGGUUGUUUUGGAAGUUGAAGAGUUGUUGAAUAAAACGACGCCGUGUGCGACACCUUAUUAUACACCGUUAUCUUCGCCGACGCGCGGUAAUGGAUGA